CCGCACGUAUCUCCAGACCUGUUUCUUCCCAGUUGAACUGGCUACGGAGGAAAAACAGUGCCCUGCUGUCUUCAGAUGGAGCAUGGAUCACGAAGAUUUCUUCUUCAUGACCCUGCUCUUGCCUAAAUUUCUUGGGCAAGGGAUUUCAUCUCCUUCAUCUUCAGCUCGCCUUGCGCCAUGGACUGGCAGCCAGACGAGCAGGGCCUGCAGCAGGUCCUGCAGCUGCUCAAAGACUCGCAGUCGCCUAACACGGCCACUCAGCGCAUCGUACAGGAUAAACUCAAACAACUCAACCAGUUUCCUGAUUUCAACAACUACCUUAUCUUCGUCCUGACCAGACUCAAAUCAGAAGAUGAGCCCACCCGUUCUCUCAGUGGACUCAUUCUUAAGAACAACGUGAAGGCACAUUACCAGAGCUUCCCGCCCCCUGUGGCUGACUUCAUCAAACAGGAGUGUCUUAACAACAUUGGUGACGCCUCCUCGCUCAUCCGAGCCACCAUCGGUAUCCUCAUCACCACCAUUGCUUCCAAGGGGGAGCUGCAGAUGUGGCCUGAGCUGCUGCCCCAGCUGUGCAACCUGCUCAACUCCGAGGAUUACAACACCUGUGAGGGAGCAUUUGGAGCCCUGCAAAAGAUCUGUGAAGACUCCUCUGAGCUCCUGGAUAGUGAUGCUCUCAACAGGCCCCUGAACAUCAUGAUCCCUAAGUUUCUGCAAUUCUUUAAGCACUGCAGUCCCAAGAUCCGGUCCCAUGCCAUUGCCUGUGUGAACCAGUUCAUCAUGGACCGGGCGCAGGCGCUGAUGGACAACAUUGACACCUUCAUUGAGCACCUGUUUGCCCUGGCUGUGGAUGAUGACCCUGAGGUGCGGAAGAAUGUGUGCCGUGCCCUGGUGAUGCUUCUAGAAGUGCGGAUUGAUAGGCUCAUCCCCCACAUGCACAGCAUUAUCCAGUACAUGCUGCAGAGGACCCAGGACCACGACGAGAAUGUGGCCCUCGAGGCUUGUGAGUUCUGGCUGACGCUGGCCGAGCAGCCCAUCUGCAAGGAAGUCCUCGCCUCCCAUCUGGUCCAGUUGAUCCCCAUCCUGGUCAAUGGAAUGAAGUACUCAGAAAUUGACAUCAUCCUGCUCAAGGGGGACGUGGAAGAGGAUGAGGCAGUCCCUGACAGCGAGCAAGACAUCAAGCCACGCUUCCACAAAUCACGAACAGUGACGCUGCCCCAUGAGGCCGAGCGACCUGAUGGUUCUGAGGAUGCAGAGGAUGAUGACGACGAUGAUGCUUUGUCUGACUGGAAUCUGAGGAAGUGCUCAGCGGCCGCUCUGGAUGUCCUCGCCAAUGUCUUUCGGGAGGAGCUGCUGCCUCACCUCCUCCCACUGCUCAAGGGCCUCCUGUUCCACCCUGAGUGGGUGGUCAAAGAGUCAGGCAUCCUGGUGCUGGGCGCCAUCGCUGAGGGCUGCAUGCAGGGCAUGGUGCCCUACCUGCCUGAGCUGAUCCCACACCUCAUCCAGUGCCUAUCAGACAAGAAGGCCCUGGUCCGCUCCAUCGCCUGCUGGACAUUGAGCCGCUAUGCCCACUGGGUGGUCAGCCAGCCCCCAGACAUGCACCUCAAGCCUCUGAUGACGGAGCUGCUCAAGCGCAUCCUGGAUGGCAACAAGAGGGUGCAGGAGGCAGCCUGCAGUGCCUUCGCUACCCUGGAGGAGGAGGCCUGCACAGAGCUGGUGCCCUACCUCAGCUACAUCCUGGACACCCUUGUCUUUGCCUUUGGCAAGUACCAGCACAAGAACCUGCUCAUUCUCUACGAUGCCAUCGGCACUCUGGCUGAUUCUGUGGGCCACCAUCUCAACCAGCCGGAAUAUAUCCAGAAACUGAUGCCCCCGCUGAUCCAGAAAUGGAACGAGCUCAAGGAUGAGGACAAGGACCUCUUCCCCCUGCUGGAGUGCCUGUCAUCGGUGGCCACCGCUCUGCAGAGCGGCUUCUUGCCCUACUGUGAGCCUGUCUACCAACGUUGUGUCACCCUGGUGCAGAAGACACUGGCCCAGGCCAUGAUGUACACCCAGCACCCUGAACAAUAUGAGGCCCCAGACAAGGACUUCAUGAUUGUGGCACUGGACCUGCUCAGUGGACUGGCCGAGGGCCUGGGUGGCCACGUGGAGCAGCUGGUGGCCCGAAGCAACAUCAUGACAUUGCUCUUCCAAUGUAUGCAGGACUCAAUGCCUGAGGUCCGGCAGAGCUCCUUUGCCCUCCUGGGAGACCUCACCAAAGCCUGCUUCAUCCAUGUCAAGCCCUGUAUUGCUGAGUUCAUGCCCAUCCUGGGCACCAACCUGAACCCUGAAUUCAUCUCUGUCUGCAACAAUGCCACCUGGGCCAUUGGGGAGAUCUGCAUGCAGAUGGGGGCAGAGAUGCAGCCCUAUGUGCAGAUGGUCCUCAGCAAUCUGGUGGAGAUAAUCAAUAGGCCCAACACACCCAAGACUCUGCUGGAAAACACAGGUCGCCUGACGAGUCCCUCUGCCAUUCCAGCCAUCACCAUUGGCCGCCUGGGCUACGUGUGCCCACAGGAGGUGGCACCCAUGCUGCAGCAGUUCAUCCGGCCUUGGUGCACAUCCCUCAGGAACAUCAGGGACAACGAGGAGAAGGACUCUGCCUUCCGGGGCAUCUGCAUGAUGAUUGGUGUCAACCCCGGGGGUGUUGUGCAGGACUUUAUUUUCUUCUGCGAUGCUGUAGCCUCCUGGGUGAGCCCGAAGGAUGACCUUAGGGACAUGUUUUAUAAGAUCCUCCAUGGCUUCAAAGACCAAGUUGGGGAGGAAAACUGGCAGCAGUUCUCGGAGCAGUUCCCGCCACUGCUCAAGGAGAGGCUGGCAGCCUUCUAUGGGGUCUAGACUCAUGUGGAGACUGUCAGGUUUCUGUCUGCCUCAUCGUCUGAGGGAUUGCUGGGGAGCACGCUGCGUCCGGAAGUCGCUGUGCCCUGUUCCAGGGGGGUUAGGGAGGAGUGAGCGGGACCCAAAUCCAGACGCCUUCCCAGUCCGUCCAACCGUCCACUUGCCCCACUAGGCCUGUGUGGCCGGCGCUUGGGCAGGUGGGUGGGGCCUCCACGCUCAUCCUACAAACAGGGAGGGGGGUGGGACUUCUUGGCAGGCAAGAGCCCCCAGGCUCUAAUGGGGUCAUCUCAGGCAGCCCACCUGGGCCAGCCACAUGGGAGGGAGGAAUCAACACAGCCGACUGAAUCCGGCUUUGGAUGAGGCGAGGGGAUCGCAGGAGGGGAGGGGGGUCCUUGUAGAGACGCGUACACACACAUGGCCACACGCAUGUGCAGGCACCGCAGCCAGCCAGGCUGGGCCAGCCGCCCCACCAUUUCCCCGACUGCAUGGAGACAGUAGAAUUAGUGAACCCCUGAGUUAAGCCGUACGGCCUUCCGUGUAACCUGCAUCUAGAGUAUAAGAAGCUUCCGCUGUUUUGCCGGAAUCGGCGGUGAUUGGGGAGGGCUGGGGGGGUUGGGGGAGCCUCAGCCGGGAUGGGGGGAGGAAGAUGGCCACUUUGAGGCCGCCCCGUCAGCACGCGCACGCUUUGGACCUGCUCCAUACUUCCCUGCCAGCUUCGUGGCAGCCUCAGCCAAUGUGUCCCCAUCUUAGUCCCAUCCCAGCCAGCAGAGUGGGGACCACCAGAGUGACCAGAGCUGGUCCGAACUCGCCAUUUCGCUCCCUGUGCUCCAGUGGUAUUUGUGCUCCCAGCACUGGCCUGGGGUGUUCCUUUCCUGAGGAGCUGGGACAGAGCUGCUAGUACCUAGCCCUGUGUCUCUUUCGGGAAGGAGCUUCCAGGGCAGGCUGGUUCUCUGCAUUCCUGAGAACCCCCUGAAGUGAGUGGGGGGUCUCUAGCUGGUGAUGAUAUUGGACAGAGGUUUAUGCAAGAAGUAACCCCAGAGCUUGGAGCAAGGGAAGGUGGAAUGCCCCUGGCCCCCACUUUGUCCCUCUGGGACUUCCUGCUCAUCACAGUGCCCAAGGGGCUUAGACCCCACCAGACUGGGACAGCACUUCUAUAGAGAACCUUCUCAGAUUGGUUGAGGGUGCAGUCAAGGUGGGAGGGGGCUCCCUUGGAGAAGGGGGUACAGUUAUUUCUGAGUUGGCUGGGAAACUGGGCCCUGCAGACCCCUUCACGUCAUUUCUUUUUCUUUCCUGCAUUCUACUACUUUGGGGGCCCCUUGUGUUUUGGGGUUCGACUGGAGUCCUAUAUCCUAUGGCCUGUUCCAUCUGUCCCUCCAAGGCCCUGGAUCCUACCCUGGCCAGGUGUCUUCUCAGAUAGGGCCAGGCCCUACCUCUAUUCCAAGGGGUACUUAGUGCACAUUCCAUAGUUGAGCUGUUCCUGCCCCAACCCCUACCCCACCAAAACUUGAGCAGGUCUCUGGAAGCCAUUUGUAAAAAAAAAAAA